AAUUUCUGCAUAAUUUUCACAAUUUAAUUUUGUUCCUUUGUGAUGUCAUAAAGUUCAUUUUGUUGGAAACAAUAGAUUUUAUAAACAUUUACUGAUAAAAAAAAAUCAUGGAUGAGAAAAAAGAUAAAGCCGACGCAGAAAGCAUCGAUGCGUCAGAUAGCAAUUUAGUCGAACGAAAAAACACAGGAUGGGUAGCUUCACUUGUUGUAAUCAUCACAUUAGCCAGAAUCGGUCACGGACUUUUCAUUUCCAUCACCGGACCAACACUGCUCUAUCUUGCGGACAAUGUAAACGCCGAGGUCCGGCAAGUGUCAUCGAUGUUCACCGGUAGAUCUGCUGGAAUAUUGGUUGGUUCUGCAGUCUUCAGUGCUGUCGUUAGCAAAUGGACAAAAUUUAAACCUCUACUCAGCUUGGGUAUUGGACUUGGUGUGAAUGGAAUUGUAAUGUUUGUUACUCCAUUUCUAACGAAUCUCGGAGGACUUGUAGUGGCAACAACCGUAGGAGGACUUAUGUUCGGGUAUUUGGAUGCGGGCAUGCAAGCAGUAUAUUUGAAGCUCUGGGGCGAGAAAGGAUCGAGGCCGUACAUUCAAUCUUUUCACUUUGGAUUCAGCGUCGGAGCAUUUCUAGCUCCGGUUAUAGCGAAGCCGUUCCUUGAAAUGGCGAGUCAAGUAACGGAUUCUGGUACGACGUGUCCUGGGGAUGACGAUAUUACCCAAACAAUUGCAUUCACCACCCCGGCAGUUAACACAACUGGUGGAUCGACGAACGAAAAUAGCUUCAAUCCUAUCAACUGGUGUUUCAUUAUCAUCGGGACAUACACGAUCUUAAUGGCCAUUGUGAUGUCAGUAAUGGCCUUAUGUGACGUAGAAGGCAAAGUUGCGUCACACAAUGUCGACUCAACCGAAGAACGACCAGAAGAGCCAAUCAAAGAUGUCUGGCUUUUCUUUGUUCCUGUUGUCUUUUACUACUUUUGUUGCGUCACAAGUGAAACUGUCUACCAAGGAUAUAUUUACUCAGUUGCUCUAUGUUCAAGUCUUCAAUUCACGGUCGCGCAAGCUUCAAUCCUGAACUCUUUAUUCUGGGCCGGAUUCGGUAUCGGGCGAGGAACUGCAAUCAUUCACUCAAAUUAUUUCAAACCUUCAACUAUUAUUAUAUUUGACUUAAUCGGAACUACAAUAGCUUUAACUGUGAUGUGUAUAUGGGGAGAAUAUAUUCCAUUGGUAACGUGGAUUGUCUCAUUUUUUCAUGGUUUAUGCGUUGCAACACUGUACUCUAGUGGUGUGUCAUGGACAUCACAAGUAACAAACAUGGCUGGGAAAUACAUGUUCAUAUUCGCAAUUGGAAAUGCAUUUGGUGUAAUGUUAAUGAUGCCGGCGGGAGGAGCGUUGUUUGAUAAAAAUCCCUUUUCUGUGAUGUAUUUGAUUCUUGGACUCUGCUGUGGGUGUGCAAUAUUUUUCAUUUUCAUGAACCUCGUCGCACGUUCGCGUCAUCGUGCGGAUGUACUUCCAGAACUUGAAGAAACAAAAAAUGGCGGAACCACGAACAAAGGCUAUGAAAAAGAAGAAACAGACAACGAAGAAAAAGAGUAUUCAACCGCGUUUUAAAUUUUUAUAUGAACGAUUUUUGUAGUGCAAUUACGAAUCACGCUUUCAGUGUUACUGACUUUAUAUAUUUUUUAAUUCAAUGAAUAAUUAUAUUUAUUCUAAAAUUGAAAA